AUGGAGCGGCUCCGCGUGCUGGAGGUCGGCGGCGCCGUGCUGGAUGACGCCGCGUGCCCCAACCUCACCGACCUCGUGUUGCUCGGGUGCGAGUGCGCCGGGGAGGCGGUCGCCUCGCUCGCCCUGCUCGAGCGGUGCCGUCUCGACUUCGUCGGCUCUAGCAACUGCUCUCUCAGGUUCGCCGCGUCCCACGUCGAGUCUCUUGAGAUCCAGGGCUUCUCCUUAAUCUCUCUGCAAGGUGGCCACCGUCUCAAACAUCUCACAAUCUCCAAGAACACUGGUCCGCUCCGGAUGCCCCUUUGCGUGUUCCCCUACGAAACAGAUUGA